AUGCUGGAGGACUCCACCUUCCUGAUCUUAGGGGGCUCCAUGCACUAUUUUCGGGUGCCCAGGGAGUACUGGAGGGACCGCUUGCUCAAGAUGAAGGCCUGUGGCUUGAACACCCUCACCACCUACGUUCCCUGGAACCUCCAUGAGCCAGAAAGAGGCAAAUUUGACUUCUCUGGGAACCUGGACCUGGAGGCCUUUGUCCUGAUGGCUGCAGAGGUCGGGCUGUGGGUGAUCCUGCGUCCAGGCCCCUACAUCUGCGCUGAGAUCGACCUUGGUGGCUUGCCCAGCUGGCUACUCCAGGACCCUGGCAUGAGGCUAAGGACAACUUACAAGGGGUUCACCGAAGCAGUGGACCUGUAUUUUGAUCACCUGAUGUCCAGGGUGGUGCCACUCCAGUACAAGCGUGGGGGACCCAUCAUUGCUGUGCAGGUGGAGAAUGAAUAUGGCUCCUAUAACAAGGACCCUGCUUAUAUGCCCUACAUCAAGAAGGCCUUGGAGGACCGCGGUAUCGUGGAGCUGCUCCUGACUUCAGACAAUAAGGAUGGCCUGAGCAAGGGAUUCAUGCACGGAGUGCUGGCCACCAUGAACUUACAGUCGCGACAUGAGCUGCAGUUACUAACCACCUUUCUCUUAAGUGUCCAGGGGAUUCAGCCCAAGAUGGUGAUGGAGUACUGGACGGGGUGGUUCGACUUGUGGGGAGGCCCACACAAUAUCUUGGAUUCUUCUGAGGUUUUGGAAACAGUGGCCGCCAUUGUUGAUGCCGGCUCCUCUAUCAACCUGUACAUGUUCCACGGAGGCACCAAUUUUGGCUUCAUAAGUGGAGCCAUGCAUUUCCAGGAAUAUGCGUCUGAUGUCACCAGCUAUGACUAUGACGCUGUGCUGACGGAGGCGGGAGAUUACACAGCCAAGUACGGCAAGCUCCGAGACUUGUUUGGCUCCAUCUCAGGUACCCCUCUGCCUCCUCUCCCUGCCCUUCUUCCCAAGGCGUCGUAUGAGCCAGUGACACCAUCUUUCUACCUGUCACUGUGGGAUGCCCUCCAGUACCUGGGGGAGCCAAUCGAGUCUGAAAAGCCAGUCAACAUGGAGAACCUGCCAGUAAACAAUGGGAAUGGGCAGUCCUUUGGGUACGUCCUGUAUGAGACCACGAUCACUUCAUCUGGCAUCCUCAGAGGUCACGUGCGUGAUCAGGGGCAGGUGUUUCUGAACACAGUAUCCAUAGGAUUCCUGGACUACAAGACGACAACAGUUACUCUCCCCUUGAUCCAGGGUAAAGGUGUGCUGAGGAUCUUGGUGGAGAAUUGUGGGCGAGUCAACUACGGGCAUAAUAUUGAUGAUCAGCGCAAAGGUUUGAUUGGAAAUCUCUCUCUGAAUGAUUCUCCCUUGAAAAAAUUCAGAAUCUACAGCCUGGAUAUGAAAAAGAGCUUCUUUCAGAGGUUUGGCAUAGACAAGUGGCAUUCUCUCCCAGAGGUACCCACGUUCCCUGCGUUCUUCUUGGGCGGCUUGUCAGUUGGCCCAUCCCCUUCUGACACCUUUCUGAAGCUAGAGGGCUGGGAGAAGGGAGUUGUGUUUGUCAAUGGCCAAAACCUUGGACGCUACUGGGACAUUGGACCUCAGGUGACACUCUACCUCCCAGGUGCCUGGUUGGACAAAGGAAUCAACCAGAUCAUCAUUUUCGAGGAGAUGAUGGCAGGCCCUAUGAUCCAGUCCACUGAAACCCCCCACCUCGGCAGGAACCACUAUAUUCACUGA